CUCUAUCUUCUAAAAGAAAUUUCUUCUUGCCUAUUUUACCAUUUCAAAUUCUCAGUUUCAUUUCUUUCCUCAUCCAUCCAUAUGGUCUUCUCCUCCAUUGGAUAUGCAAUGCCUUAUUAGAAAAGGGUUUAAAUGGUGAUAUAUAUAUAUAUAUAUAUAUAACUUGUCUUGCACUACUACUAGGGUUAGGGUUGAAGAAAAUCAAGAUCAGACAGACCAAGAUUUACAUAUAUAUAAUUGUAUAUGAUCCCAACUCCCAUGCUGAAAAAUAUGGAUAGAGUUUGGAUUGUGUUCUUAAUCUUAAUGGUUUUGUCCAAUGUUAACAUUGGAAUCAUCAUUGCUUCUACUGAGAUGAGUAGCAACGAGUCAAGUACUUCUAGACCUCCUGCAGUUGUCAACGUUGGAGCUCUUAUUUGUUUCAAUUCUAAUAUCGGAAAAGUGGCAAAAGUUGCAAUAAACGCAGCAGUUGAUGCUGUUAAUUCUGAUCCAACUAUUCUCAAUGGAACCACUCUCAAAAUUGUCAUGCAGGACACCAAAACCAGUGACUUUCUCGGCAUUGUUGAAGCUUUGCGGUUUAUGGAGAAUGAAACAGUAGCCAUAAUAGGGCCACAGUUCUCAGUGACAGCUCAUGUAAUCUCACACAUAGCAAACGAGCUCCAAGUGCCUCUCUUGUCAUUUGCAGCCACAGACUACACACUCACGCCUCGCCAGUUCCCGUUCUUCGUGAGGACAGCGCUGAGUGAUGCCUUUCAAAUGGCCGCUAUAGCAGAGCUUGUUGCCUACUACCAAUGGAGGGAUGUAGUAGCUAUCUACGUAGACGAUGACUUCGGACGAAAUGGGAUCACCGCACUUGGUGACAAGCUGGCCGAGAAGCGCUGCAAGAUCUCACACAAAGCACCUCUCACUCCAAAGGCAGAACGGGAUGAGAUAACGAAAACACUGGUUCAGGUGAGUUAUGGGGAGUCGAGGAUUGUCAUUGUCCACGUCUAUGCCACUUAUGGUCUGAUGUUGCUUAACGAGGCCAGAGCUUUACAAAUGAUGGAGAAUGGUUAUGUCUGGAUAACCACAGACUGGCUCUCCACCUCGUUGGACUCAGACCCAACACUGAUUUCCCAAAAAUCUGAAGACAUUCAAGGGGUUCUCACCUUGCGGAUGUACACACCAGAUUCUCCAAUGAAAGCCGAGUUCGUUUCGAAAUGGCCUAACUUGACAAGCGCAGAAGUUACUAAUGGCUCCACUGGCUGGGGGCUCAAUACAUAUGGCCUAUAUGCUUUUGACUCGGUUUGGCUUCUGGCCAAGGCCAUGGAUUCGCUCUUCAAGCAGAAAGGCAACUUUUCCUUCUCUAGCGAUCCAAGCUUGAGUGAGUUGAGCGGAGGGAGCAUCUCCAAGGGAGGCGAACUCUUGCUCAAGAGCAUUACGAGUGCGAACAUUACAGGAGUAAGCGGCUCGAUUGUGUUCAACUCGGAUAUGGAGCGUGUUGGUCCUGCUUAUGAAAUCAUAAACGUGAUAGGAACGCCAAGGAAGAUUGGUUAUUGGUCCAACUCUUCUGGUUUGUCUACUUUGACUCCUGAAAAAGAAGCACUCAGAAAAAAGCAGCAGCCCAACGCUACAUCCUACAGCUCAAGCCAUCAACUGUAUGGUGUCAUAUGGCCAGGAGAAACCACGGUGAGACCCCGCGGUUGGGUUUUCCCCAACAACGGUAAGCAACUCAGAAUUGGAGUCCCUACGCGGGUGAGCAACCGCGAGUUCGUGUCGCAGUCUGAAGGCUCGGAGACUUUCACUGGCUACUGCAUAGAUGUGUUUACUGCAGCCUUGGAACAUUUUCCAUAUGGUGUCCCUUAUAAAUUCAUUGCAUUCGGAGAUGGUCGUUCCAACACUCCAAACAUGGAGCUGUUGCGAAUGAUCCCAACAGGCGGUUUUGAUGCAGUGGUAGCUGACAUCACAAUCACCACCAGCCGAGCAAAGAUAGUGGAUUUCACACAGCCAUACAUAGAGUCAGGGCUGGUGGUGGUUGCCCCAAUAAGGAAGCUCCACUCAAGCGCUUGGGCUUUUCUGAGGCCUUUCACGCCCAUGAUGUGGUGUGUCACUGGUGUUUUCUUUCUAAUUGUGGGAGCUGUCGUUUGGAUCUUGGAGAGACGUACUAAUGAAGAUUUCCAAGGCUCUCCUAGAAAGCAAGUCGUCACCAUCAUGUGGUUUAGCUUUUCAACUCUCUUCUUUUCCCACAGAGAAAGAACAGGCAGCACUCUAGGCCGUUUUGUGCUCAUAAUAUGGCUUUUCAUAGUUCUAGUGCUCAACUCUAGUUAUAUUGCAAGCCUGACCUCAACUCUCACAGUGGAACAACUCUCCUCUCCUGUUAAAGGCAUCGAAAGCUUAGAGACUAGCAAAGAUCCCAUUGGCUUUCUAAAGGGCUCGUUUACUGAAAAUUACUUGACUGACGAGCUCAACAUACACAGGUCGAGGCUUGUUCCACUCAACUCGCACGAGGAGUACGAGAAGGCCUUAAGGAAAGGCCCUAGCGAAGGCGGUGUUGCAGCUGUGGUUGACGAGCGCGCAUACAUGGAGCUCUUCCUCUCUACAAGAUGUGAGUUCAGCAUUGUUGGCCAAGAGUUCACCAAAAUGGGCUGGGGCUUUGCCUUCCCUAGAGACUCACCACUGGCGAUUGACAUGUCCACAGCCAUACUGAAACUGUCGGAGAAUGGGAAUCUUCAUAGGAUUCAUGACAAAUGGCUCAUGAGAAGUGCUUGCAGCUCGGAAGGCACAAAGCAAGAUGUGGACCGUCUUCAGCUUAAAAGCUUUUGGGGCCUAUUUCUGCUGAGUGGGAUUGCUUGCCUUGUUGCUUUGCUCUUAUAUCUCUUCAAAAUGUUGCGACACUUCUUCAAGCACCGCUCUCUUGACAGUGGCAACCUCCGAUCCUUCCUUGCAUUUCUCAAUGAAAAGGAGCAAACUCUACCUUCGAGUUCAAGCCACCCCAAGAGACAAAACAGAGUUGUUCAUCAAGAUUCUGAUAUAGACACACCAACACAAUAAUUCAUCUACCUCUAUGUAUGUCUAAGUAAAUCUUUUAGCUUUUCAGGGCUUUUAUUCUGUUAAAAAAGUUUUUUAAACGUAUUACGCAACCAACAACAGAAGUGUUUUUAGAGCUUCAAAAGCACAAAAAUAACUUUUAAAAAUAGAUCAUCUGUUAAUUAGUCAAAGAAUAGCACUCCCUCAUAAGACUAGAACAAAUUUUAUCUGUA